CUGUCUCAAAUCGAUGCUCUUCCUACACUAAGAAGUAGCAAGUUGGAGGGGAAAGGCCGCUCCCAAAGGAGGAGCUGGUAAUGGAGCUGUCUCAGUUGUUAUUGCUCUCAGUCCUCCUCCGCAGUAAUUCAAGGUGUCACAGGCUGGCUGUGCCUUUUGCAAAUGAAGCCCCUGAGAGAUAUUGGGAAGAGGAGGUGGAGCACAGAGCACUUGCCUUGCCGGGAAGGCAGCAGGACCCCGGCUAAUGAUGGUGUGCCGAUGGCUUUGGCUUUGAUGAGGACCCUAAAUUGCUCGGUGUCGCAUACCUAUGCAAGGGCCUGGCCCUACCGCAGAGCCCAGUCAGACAAACAAGAGACAGGGCAAAGGACGCAGCCCUGCUCGCGAGUUACUCGUUGUGUCAGGAAAGGGAUCGAGGGAUGCACUUGGGAUCGGGAGAACAAUCGCGCUGGGCACGGACCCGCCUUCUCCACCCGUGCCAGCGCUGUCCUGCUCCGUGGGCGAUGCCACAGCUGUCGAGGCUGCAGCCCGGGGAGCCUCGGCCCCGGGGCAGGUGCGGGGCCGCGGGCGGUUCGCGCCGGGGCCGCCGUUCCGAGCCGGGCGAUCCGCCGCCGUUCCGCCACUGGAGGGCAGCCACAUCUUAAAGAAACCACCCGGCCCAACCCCUCCGCCGCCCGCACGGGGCUGAGCCCGCAUCGGAUGCGCUGCGGGAGGAGACUUCUCCCGAGUCCGGGCGCUUCUCUUUCGGAGAGGAGAGCGAGGAAACCCGCAGAUUUCCAGCCCUCGCCCCCGCUCGGGCAGCGAGCUCCGCGCUCUGGUGGGGGGAGCAAUGGAGCGGAGACAAAUCAAGCUUCAUCUUGAUGUUGCUGCUGGAGUCUCGGUAAAUGUCCAUCUGUCUGAUGAGCGUGAUGCAAAGGACAUUUUUGAAAAGGAGCCUUUUAACUCCGUAGACACGUAGGGACCCAUUCACGGGCAGGCACACACACGCGAGGAGGAGGAAGAAGAAGAAGCAACUUCACGAUCGCUGCUUUUAAAAGGGAGAAGCUUUUUCCCUGGCUGGGACUUGCCUUCUGCCUCGUCAACCAGCUGCUAAAAGUAUGUUUCCGAGGCGGACUGCACUUCAGGGAACUUCUAUUUUCUGCUCGGCAGCUGUAGAGGAGCAGCAGCGAAGUUUGGAGUAACACCAAGUGAUGCGGGAAAAACACCCCGAGAGCAGAACACCCUCCUGCAGACACAACCCCUGCUGCUGCACACAGGUUGAUCAUGGUUGCCGUGACCCGCUCGCUCCUGGCGCUGCUGCUCUGCCAGGCGCCGCCUCGGCCGCGCAGCGCCCCGAGGACCUGCUCAGCGAGUUCGAGCUGCGCCUGCUCCACAUGUUCGGGCUGAAGCGGCGGCCCAGCCCCGGCAAGGACGUCGUCAUCCCGCCCUACAUGCUGGAUCUCUACCGCCUGCACGCGGGGCAGCAGCUGGGGCAGCCGGCGGCGCUGGGCUUCCCGCUGGAGCGGGCGGCCAGCCGCGCCAACACCGUCCGCAGCUUCCACCACGAAGAAGUUUUGGAAGAACUACCAGAAACGAGUGGGAAAACAGCACGGCGUUUCUUCUUUAAUUUAACUUCCAUCCCCAGUGAGGAGUCUAUCACCUCAGCUGAACUCCAGAUUUUUCGGAAACAGGUGCACGGAGCCUCUGAGAACAACAGCAGCUACCAUCACCGUAUUAAUAUUUAUGAAAUUAUAAAGCCAGCCACAGCCACCUCUAAGGACCCUGUCACAAGACUUUUGGACACCAGGUUGGUGCAUCAUAAUGCAAGUAAAUGGGAAAGUUUUGAUGUAACGCCAGCUGUUUUGAGGUGGAUUGCACAUGGACAACCUAACCAUGGGUUUGUGGUAGAGGUGGUUCACUUGGACAAAGAGAACAGUGCCUCCAAGAGGCACGUUAGGAUUAGCAGGUCUUUACAUCAGGAUGAAGAUAGCUGGUCUCAGCUCAGGCCAUUGUUAGUGACGUUUGGGCAUGAUGGCAAGGGACACCCGCUCCAUAAAAGAGAAAAGCGUCAAGCGAAACACAAACAGCGUAAACGCCACAAAUACAGUUGCAAAAGGCACCCGUUGUAUGUGGACUUCAAUGAUGUGGGGUGGAAUGACUGGAUUGUGGCCCCGCCGGGGUAUAGUGCCUUUUACUGCCACGGGGAAUGUCCCUUCCCUCUGGCAGAUCACCUAAACUCAACCAACCAUGCCAUUGUUCAGACUUUGGUCAAUUCAGUGAAUUCCAAAAUCCCCAAGGCUUGCUGUGUGCCGACAGAACUGAGUGCUAUUUCCAUGCUCUACCUUGAUGAAAAUGAAAAAGUUGUAUUAAAGAACUAUCAAGAUAUGGUUGUGGAGGGUUGUGGGUGCCGCUAACACAGCAAAUAUAUUAGACAAAUGCAAAAAAAAAAAAAAUAGCUGACACUUUAAUAUUUCCCAAUGAAGACUUUAUUUAUGUAAUGAAAUGGAAAGAAAAAAAAACACAACUAUUUUGAAAAUAUAUUUAUGUCUACGAAAAAGUUGGGAAAACAAAUAUUUUAAUCAGAGAAAUAUUCCUUUAAAGAUUUUAAAUGUAUUUUAGUUGUACAUUUUAUAUGGGUUUAACCCCAGCACAUGAAGUAUAAUGGUCAGAUUCUUAUUUUGUAUUUAUUUACUAUUAUAACCACUUUUUAGAAGAAUAGCUAAUUUGUAUUUAUAUGUAAUCAAAAAAGAAAAAAAUAUAGGGUUUGUACAUAAUUUUCCAAAAUUGUAGUUGUUUCAAUUGUGUGUAUUUAAGUUGAAAAGAAUACAUGGAAGGUUACUAUGGCAAAGUGCAUAGCACAUUUGCUUUCUGCUGUGCUACUGUUAAGGUCACAAGUUCAAGUCCAGAAAAAAGUGGAUAAUCCACUCUGCUGACUUUCAAGAUUAUAUUGUACAAUUCUCAGGAAUGCUGCAGGGUGGGCUGUCCAAUCCAUGAGAACUGGCAUCCUCUUUAGGUGGAACAUUUGGAUAAGAACCAGACAUUGCUGAUCUAGUAUAAAUACUGCUAUUCCCAACUAAUUUGCAGUGUGAAUAUAAGGGCCAAUAGAAAUCCUAUGGGAGGGUGGGGGUGGGGGAAGACUGAAUCCUUUCUAGACCUACAGAAAAGUGAAUGUUUGAUGUUUCCUUUAAAAGUCCUUCCUUUAAAAGUCCUGGCCAAAUAUGAAAUAAUAAAAACUAAAAUGUCAUCUUUUUUUUGUGAUUAUCUAUGCUAAAGAGGAACACUUACCUAAUUUGUACGGGCCCUUGUCUUUAACAGUUGGAAAAGCCUUGCAUACUUCCUCACCUCAGAUGAGAGCUCACUUCUGUGGAGUGUUACAGUGAAAUUAAUCUGCAAUUUUUGCCCUACAUGCAGCAAGCUGUUGUCAUAUGCAGCCUCCUCUCUAACCUCAGCUGAUGGUUUUGCUGUUUGGCAGAUUAGCCUCUCUUCGUUUCCAGGGUUUU